CAAAAGCAAGCAAGCUUUGUAUGAAGGACAUGGUGACUGAUUUUGAUGAAAAGCAUGAUGAAUAUUUAAUAACCCUUCAGCAGAGAAACCGGAUACUGAAACAAUUAAAAAGAAAAGAUCCUAUACAAAUCAAACUGGAGCAGUUAGAGCAAGGAUUUUGUCUUUAUCUUAAUGGAGCUAAUUCAGAGCUGAAAAAUUAUCAUAAAAAAUCCAACUCGCAAGGCUAUCUUAAAACAGAAGCAAAGACUGCCAGGACAAAUGCAGCCCAGCUAGAAGAGACGGAGCUGCGAGAAUGGAGCGUACAGACUGCAACAAGCAAAACAAGGCGCAAAGGAUGGCGUCAGAAAGCUGUGGAGAUUAAAACAGAAAGUGGAUCUAAACUCUACAUUAAACCUCCUCCUGAGUACUCUGAGGAUUUUGAACCUUAUGAAAGUGUGAACAUGGAGACAAAUGAUGAUGAUUCUGUAUGUUACUCCCAGAACUUCAUUUCUUCCAGUAAUAGUCCAUCCAGUAACUUUCAAGAUACAGCCCUGAACUCCAUUACACAACUUUGCAGUGAUCGUAAAAAGGAGAAAAUAUUACUAAGUAUUGAGGACAUAAAGGAUCUGAGAAGAAGCUUGCAAAUUAGUAUAGAAGAGAAAAAGGUGGAUGAAAACUCUUCUAGUGACGAUUAUGACUCUGUUGAAGAAGAUGUGUCUUCAGAAGCAUCUCCUACUGAGGAAACGAUUGCAAGCUUUGGAGACCUUCAAUUGCAUAGCAGUAAGUCACUGCAGAAGGAAGCUGCUGCUCAUCAGGAGGCUGAGAGGUGCUCUGGCCUUGAUUCUGGGGCACUUAUUGUGCUGGAGUUCAAGGAGGAUCAAAAUAAAGUGAAGCCAGCCCGAGUUUUCUCUGCAAAAAGAAAGGACAAUGCUGAAACGUAUGUUCCCGUCAGACCAAUUGUGGUAAAAAAUGAAAUCACCCGACCACUCUCUGCUGAGUCCUUGCAGCAGGAAAGACAGGAAAAAACUUGCUCAAGACCGUUAAGUCGCCCAGAAAGGCCACUUUCAGCAGCUCGGAAGAACGUGUGCAAGAAGGAUCCUGAGCUCUCUGUUUCUGCUGUUAUUAAAGCUAUGCAACUUGAAAAUGAAACAUUGCAGAAAGAUUUGCCAAGGAAGUCAGUUUCCACAAGCCAUGAAAAGACGCUUCCCGCUUCAUCUGUUUUUGUUUCUGCAAUGACUGAACCUUCGGAAAAAAGUCAGACGACUGCAGUCACAAAAGCUGUUGAAAGAAUAAGUCUUUUUGGAAGCAGGCAACAGAAGAAACUUCUGAAAGUUCUUCAGGAGAUUGAGAGACGUUCGGUGUGUGACAAGGAUGUAUUUCUACCUGAUGAAAAAUGUGAAGAAGAUUCCACAGCAAGAGAGAGGGUCCAGACAGCAACUGGCUUGGAUAUUCGGGAUGCCAUCUACGUGACUAUGGAACUUCUUUCUAACUGGGGAAAUCCAGUACACGUGGGAUUGAGAGAGGUGGAGUUCUUCGAUUUAUGUAACGACAAGAUGUUUGUGUCUCCUCAUGAUGUGGACAUUCGAAAUACUGACUAUCCAGGGGAUUUGUGUCGCUUGGUCAAUAAGAAAUUACAUACUGCGAAGGAGAGCUUCCUUUGGAUGUGCCCUUUCUAUCCGCCCGUUCAGCUCUACUUCGUUAUCCGCAAUCCCACCCGGUCACGUGACUUUGGUAUAUCCAAGAUCAAGAUCUGGAAUUACAACACAACAACUCUUAGUGACCUUGAUAUAGGAGCAAAGAAAGUGAAGCUGUAUGUUGAUGAAAACCUGGUGUUUGAUGGUGAAUUAGAGAGAGGCUCUGGAGAUCUCAUCACCAAUUGUAGUACUACAAUUGACCUUACACAUCAUGGACAAAGUGUCACUACACAUUCCUCAAAUGAAAGGAAGGAAGAGAGUACAGCUGGAGUCACAGACAGUAAAGAGGACCUAUAUUUAAGGUACCUACAGCCAAACAGUACUUCACUAUACCGGAACUCUCUGUCCGAGGAAAGUCACCUUGAGGAUAAGAUGAACUCUGUCAGCCUUAUGAAGGAAAACUUGACUGAAUUAGAAGAUGAUCCAAAAGUGUUACCAUCUCUUGUUUGUAUGAAAGAUACCAAAGAGGGUGAAGUAACAAAGGCUACAGAGCAUAUUCCAUCUGAUGAAGAGCUUAGUUUGAGUGAGGAAAUAGAAAAGCUAAUGGGAAGAAAACUACCUGAAUCUACAGGUGCGCUUCCUUCUUGGUUACAGUCAUCAUCCCAAGUAACAGAGAAUACUCAAGGUAUUUGCAGUAAGCAGAAGCCUUCCUGGCUGGCUACGGAAUGUUGCUUGGGAAUGAGAUUUCAAACACCAUCCGAUGGAAUCAUGAAAAACAUUUCAGGUCUGACUAAUGAGGAUGUCAAAUGUCAGAGAAAUGAAUUGGGCAGACCUGGUAGUAGAAAUGCAAACAGAGGUGAAAGGUUGGAAAUGCUACCAAGAAAAGAUGAUGGUGGCUUGGACAUUUUGGAGCAGUUUUCUGACAAACAUGGCUGUAACUUAGGCUAUCCUAUGAGUGGAAGGAGAAGUGUCAAAUAUGGAAGAAAGGAGGGAGUAAACCCUAUAGAUGUUGGAGAAGGGGAUUCAGCACCCAGAGAUGAAGACUUCUCUAUCAAGGGUGUAGCAUCUAGAGCAAGAUGGCACAGUGAGCAAGAACAUACUCUCCAGGAGUCCUGGAACUCCUUGGUGAAGUUUAAUUAUUCCCAUCGAGGACGAAUUUCUAAUAUGGAUUUUCAAGGGGAUAUCUUUGAUGAGUUUCUCCAUCAGCAGAAAAUCAACCGACUUGGAGAGUAUCAGCUAAUGAGAAAAGAUGGACUGCAAACACUACCAAAAAGGCAAGAAGAGGAAAACUCUAUGGAGGCAGAUGAUGGAAGUGAUUUCAAAAUCCCUGUUUUGCCUUACGGGCGGCACUUAGUGAUAGACAUUCAAACAACAUGGGGAGACAGGCAUUAUGUAGGUCUUAAUGGAAUUGAAGUUUUCAGUUCUAAAGGAGAGCCUGUUCAGAUUUCAAAAAUAACAGCGGAACCACCUGAUAUAAAUAUUCUACCAGCUUAUGGCAAAGAUCCCAGAGUAAUAACCAACCUAAUUGAUGGGGUAAAUCGGACGCAGGAUGAUAUGCAUCUCUGGCUAGCACCAUUUACCCCUGGAAAACGUCACUUUAUCUUUAUUGACUUUGUGAAUCCCUGUCAAGUAGCUAUGAUUAGGAUUUGGAAUUACAAUAAAUCUCGCAUACACUCUCUCAGAGGUGUGAAAGACAUUAUAAUGGGGUUAGACGAACAGUGCAUCUUUAAAGGAGAAAUUGCAAAAGCUUCAGGAACCUUGUCUGGAGCUCCAGAGCACUUUGGGGAUACUAUUUUGUUCACUACUGAUGAUGAUAUUCUUGAAGCAAUAUACUGCUAUGAUGAGACAUAUGACGGCGAGAUGGAAGGCACCUGUUGCUUGAGAUAUGAAGAAGAGCUAAAGAGACCAACAACUGCUGAUGGGGAGGGAGAUGAAAGGCCUUUUACACAGGCAGGGUUAAGAACAGAGGAUCAAAAGGUUCAAGAGCAGGUAAUUGUGUCAGACCCACUGCCUGAAUUUACAUCCAAGGAACCAGGGAUAUUUACUGGAAAGUGCCUACAGCUGAAUUUUACCAUGACCUGGGGAGACUCUCAUUACCUUGGACUGACUGGACUUGAAGUGAUAGGAAGGGAUGGCCAAGCAUUAAAAAUAACUACAGAACAGAUUUCUGCAUCACCCCAAGACUUAAAUGAUCUUCCAGAGUAUGUAGGAGAUUCCAGAACAUUAGAAAAGUUAAUAGAUGGGACUAAUAUCACAGCUGAGGAUGACCAUAUGUGGCUUAUUCCCUUCUCUUUUGGAGAAGAUCAUCUGUUCACAAUCCAUUUUGAUAAAAUUGAAAGUAUUGCUGGGCUUCGCUUUUGGAACUAUAAUAAAUCUCCAGAGGAUACCUAUAGAGGGGCUAAGGUAGUCCAUGUUUCGCUGGAUGGUCACAGCAUCUCCCCACCGGAGGGAUUUCUUAUCCGUAAGGGACCAGGCAACUGCCACUUUGAUUUUGCCCAAGAAAUUCUCUUUGUUGACUACCUGCAGCCCCAGCUGAUUAUGAGAGCGCAUAGGAGGACUGGUUCAAAGAGAACAGAACGAGCUAGUAUGGACUAUGAAGCACCAUUAAUGCCAUGUGGUUUUGUUUUCCAGUUUCAGCUUCUGACAAGUUGGGGUGAUCCAUACUACAUUGGCCUGAAUGGACUAGAGUUGUUCAAUGAACAUGGAGACCAAAUCUUGCUAACUGAAAACAAUAUUGCUGCUUUCCCAGAUAGCGUCAACAUUUUAGAGGAUGUGUCUGGAGACAUCCGUACUCCAGAUAAACUCAUUGAUGGAGUAAAUGACACGACUGAUGGCAGACAUAUGUGGCUUGCACCAGUGCUUCCUGGUGUGGUGAAUAGAGUAUAUGUUAUUUUUGAUGUGCCUACUACUGUGUCAAUGAUCAAGUUGUGGAAUUACGCUAAAACACCUCAGAGAGGUGUGAAGGAAUUUGGUCUUCUAGUGGAUGACUUGCUUGUGUACAAUGGAAUCCUGGAUAUGGUGAACCAUGUCAUAUCGGGCAUCUUACCCACCUGUGAUCCUGUGGUCCCAUAUCAUACCAUUCUCUUUACAGAUGAUGAUAAGAUUUGCCAUCAGGAGAAGAGGAAUGUUAUUAGCAAUCAUGUGGAGGAUCAGGAUGUGAGAAUGAUGAAUGAAAAUCAAAUUGUCACAAACACCAAAAAGAAGCAGAUUAUGGCUGAUCCAGCUUUACGUCCAAAAACCUGCUUAUGUGAUAAAGGACUACUGAGGAAGAAAAGAUAACAAGGGCUUAUGAGCGGAUAGUCCUGAAUAUAUCCAGCCCUGGAUAC